AUGGUGCAAAUCGAUCCAGCAGCGAUGACUGCUUUCUGGGAGCAAGAGGUCCAGAUGCGCAUCGUGCAGGAUAUACGGGACCAACUGGAACUUGAUGGCUUGACAACAUUCGAGAGUUUUGCCAACUACACCAAGGAUGACUUAUCGGCCAUGAGGAAGCGAAUCAGCUACAUUCAAAACAUCCCUCAUUUUGGUCAAGAUUCGUUCAAACGCCUUGUGAUUGCAUUUGAAGCAUCUCGCAACUACAAGCUUGUUGGUCGCGAAAUCACUGCCGCAAUGAUGCAUUAUGAAAACACAUUGAAACAUUUUGCCGAGGACUGGAAGACCAUUGUUUCCCUUGAAGGAAGGCCUGAACCGCCAGUUCCCACAAUUAGCCGAGCCCUUCCACCAAUGAAAUGGGUCUCUGCGUUUGUGAUUGCAAUGCAGACUACAAAGUCAGCAAGAUUCGGAAUCACCCUGUAUUAUGUGAUUCGCCCGGAGGAAGUGCCAGUCGACCCUGCACCUCCAUUGGAAGAGAACAAAGCUUUUUCUGAAGUCUAUGGCUCUCUUUGGGAUGAGCGACAACUUAGAGCAAGUCACUCGCACCCAUCCUUCAAAACGGACGAUAAGGGACAAGGCCGAAAAGCCUACUUUGCCCUUAUCAAAACCUACCUCGGUGAUGACAAGUGGCUAUCAGAGAUCACUAAGUAUGAUAACAUGAUGCGCAACGCCAAGUGGAAAGGAGCUGGUAACCUGACAGUCGAGGCAUACAUUGCUGUGCACCGCAAUGCAUACCAACACCUCGUUUCUGCGUCAGAACAUGUUGCAUACCAGUUGCCUAACCAACAGACGCGUGUCAAACAACUACUUGAUGGAAUUCUUUCCAGUGAUGCUCGAUUGAAUGCGGCAAUUGCAAUGGUCCAAGCUAGCAACGUAAUGAUUGCUGAUUUUGAAUUGGCUUCGGCCCAUAUUCAGCCUCAUUGCCCGGUUGCCAAGCGAAACCUAGGAGGCAAGCGCCAGAGUGCAGAAAUUUCUGCUCUUGAGGUUGACACUGGUGAUGUUGACAUUGCAUCUGUGGGAGUUGGAGGAGGUAAAGGCCAGCGUACCGGCCUCCAUCUUCGCUUCCACACCCUACCAGAGUACCAGAAACUUGGAAACGACGAGAGAAAGGAACUUGCGGAGUGGCGACUGACUCCAGCUGGCAAAGCAGCCCAAGCCGCAGGCAUCCUGCUAAGAGAUAGCAAGAAGCAGAGUGGAAAGGGAUCCCCCAAGAAAGGGAAGAUAAGCUAUGCCAAAGUGUCGGCUAACGUGAAAGUCAAUGUCAAAGACUGA